GCCAGCAACCCAUCAUAGUCAACAAUGGCUGACAACAAACAAAAGAGAUUGGCUUUCGCCAUUUGCGAUUAUCUUCAAGAGUCGAUCAAGAAUGGAACUAUUAAACAGGACGACGCAGAGGGUGUUGAGGUUGCAAUCCAAUGCAUAGGCGAAGCUUUUGAAAUUGACUUGAGCGACAAGGACCAACAAACCCAGUUCUCCAUAAAGCCGGCUAACCUACCGAAGAUCUUUGAUGUAUUCUUGGCAACGCAGAAAGCCUCUCAACAGAAAGCAGCUCCCAGCCCUGUUCCAGCUGCAAAGGCGGUUGAUGUGAAAGCGAAGGCAGAAGAACUUAAAGUAGCAGGAAAUAAGGAAAUGGCGGCGAAGAAAUAUGCGGACGCGAUCGACCUUUACAGCCAGGCUAUUGAGUUGGAUGGCGAAAAUGCAGUAUUUUAUUCAAACAGAGCAGCGGCGUACAGUCAGGUGAGCAAGUUCGAAGAGGCUGUAGCGGAUGCAAAGCGGGCGGUAGAAGUAGACCCUGGAUACAGUAAAGCAUACAGUCGUAUGGGACAAGCAUAUUUCUGCCUCGGAAAAUAUAGGGAAGCAAAAGAAGCGUGUGAAGAGGGACUUAAGCUGGACCCUGCGAAUACAUCUAUGCAGCAGACUUUGAACGCUGCCGAACAAAAGCUGAAUGCGGACACACCUGUUCGCUCAACUGGCGCUGCUCCACGUCCAGGGGCUGGAUUUGAUUUCGCCUCCAUGAUGAGUAACCCGAACUUCAUGCAGAUGGCCUCCCAAAUGAUGUCAAACCCAGCCAUCAGUCAGAUGAUGUCGAACCCCGCAUUUACCCAAAUGGCGCAACAAGUUAUGUCAAACCCUGAGGCCUUGCAAAACAUAAUGAGCGAUCCGAACAUGGCUCGCAUGGCAAAUGACAUGAUGGACGGCGGAAAUCUCCCUGGUCAGGAACCCUGAACCACCGGAUGUACUGAUACUAAAAUGACGAAUUCAUCAGCAUAUGCAUAAUAUGGCUUUUGCCUUAAGAGGCAGUUGUAGUUGUCUGCUUAUAUUCGUGACGUGUAAUUAACUAUUCGGGCAACAAGUUAUUCACAUCCUCUUGCCAGUCAUCUUCUUCCGGUCUAUUCUUGGCCUAUAACGCGUACGCAAUCUGUCAGAUUUCGGCUACCCGGCUACCAAAUAUCGUGUCGUUGACUUACUAUUGAGGUCUGCGGUCGUUUUGGUGGAUUGGGAUCUGGUCAUGUACAAAUGAUUUAUUUUCACAUAAACCCCACAAACGUUG